AUGGCUACGCACUCUCUCUUGGGUGUGCUCACUUCCGUGACUCCAGCACCCGGAUCGAAGCCUGACAUCUACACCAACGAAGGAUCUUUGAUUAGGCAGCCUGUCGGAGAAGCUGCCUUUGGUGGCUCUAUUCUUAGCCAAGCCAUCUCGGCAGCCUACGCCACUGUGCAGCCGGAGUUUGAUGUCUACUCAUCGCAGUCCUCUUUCCUCCGCCCCGUUACGGCCAAGAGCAAGGUCAACUAUCACGUCGAACGCACCGCUGAUGGCCGUACCUUUUGCACUCGCGCCGUGCGAGCAACCCAAGGCGGUCCCUGCCUUUAUGUGGCUACCAUCUCUUUCCAAAAGCGCAGCUUGGCCCGGGACAAUGACAGCACCCUGAAGUAUGCCGAUCCCUUACCUGACCUUGGUGGGGUCCGCCCCUACGAUAUCGCCAAGCAAGACUUCCAGCAGAUCGGGUUCCAUGUGGGCGAAGAGGACCUCGAAGUGUCGCCCCCCUUCGACUGGCGGCUGCUCCCGUUCAAGUCUGUGCGCGACCCUGCACAGAUCCGUACCCACGCUUUUGUGCGUGCUGAACUAAUGUCUACACGCCAUGCUUCCCACUUGCCCGCGAUGGCUCUCUUGUCGGACAUUUCCGUCCUGGAACUGUCACUAUUUGCUAAUUGGGAGUCAGUGCAUGAGGAGAUACAAGCUUUGGCUAUGAGUACGACAUUAAACAGUCAGAUUUCCUUUCAUGCUCCGACGGCCAAGAUUGAUGAGUGGAUGGUAUGCGAGAGCGGUACGUCGUGGGCCGCAGGUGGACGAAUCACCAUCUACCAACGGUUUUGGAACGCUGCAACUGGUGAACUUCUGAUGUCUUGCGCUCAGGACGCCGUCAUCAAGCGUCAGCAACCCCAAUUGUAG